GGACGUUGACCCAACGGUCCUAUGCCCGUCCUUUCAGGGAACUCAAUGUGUGGAUAAAAAAUAGAGCAAAAGACUUGGAGCUAGACCCCGGAGACUCCAUAUGAGGAGGUGAAAGCUCCCUCAAGCAUUUCAUAUCUAAGGUAUUCCAGUGGUAAGUCCCUGUUAGGAGCCAUGGCAAACCUGAGCAUGGUUUCCAAGUUUGCUACUGCAUUACUCCUUGGAAUCGUUAUAACAAUCCCAACAGGUGUGCAAUCCAUUGGCGUUUGUUAUGGAAUGGUUGGGAACAACCUACCCCAACCUAGUGAGGUAGUGGAACUCUACAAAUCUAAGAGAAUUGGACAAAUGAGGAUUUAUGGUCCUAAUGCAGAUGUACUCAAAGCCCUUAAGGGAUCCAACAUUGAACUCAUCCUAGAUGUCCCAAAAGAAGAUCUCCAAAGAUUAGCCUCUGACACUUCAGCAGCACGUAAUUGGAUCCAAAACAACGUGAAGUCCUAUUUACCAGAUGUUUCAUUUCGAUAUAUUGCAGUAGGCAAUGAAGUGAUCCCCGGAAAUUUUGCUCAGUAUGUGCUGCCUGCCAUGAAUAACAUCCAUGCUGCUCUAUCUGCUAGUGGUUUACAAAACCAAAUUAAAGUCUCGACUUCAGUUUCUCAAGGGGUCCUUGGGAAAUCAUAUCCUCCUUCUAAUGGUACAUUCUCUUCUGAUGCAUCAAGGUACUUAGGACCAAUUGUUAAAUUUUUGGCUAGCAAUGGAUCCCCACUCCUAGUGAAUGUGUAUCCCUACUUCAGUUAUAUUGGUGACAUGAAAGAUAUCAAGAUAGAAUAUGCGUUGUUUACAUCACGGGGAACAGUCGUAUCCGAUCCGCCAUAUGGCUAUCAGAACCUCUUCGAUGCAUUAGUUGAUGCAAUUUACUCGGCACUGGAGAAGAUGGAAGGAUCUAAUAUCCCGGUCGUAGUGUCAGAGAGCGGUUGGCCAUCGGCUGGAGGUACUGCAGCAACAAUGGAUAAUGCAAAGACAUAUAAUCAGAAUUUGAUAAAUCAUGUCAGGCAAGGGACACCAAAAAGGCCUGGAAAAGCUAUCGAGGCAUACAUAUUUGCCAUGUUCAAUGAGAAUCAGAAGAAGCCACCAGGGAUUGAGAAUAACUUUGGGCUAUUCAACCCCAACAAGGCUCCGGUCUACCCAAUCAACUUUGGUUAAAGAUGAGAGAGGUUGACCGUUAUAAGAAUUAUAUAUAUAUAUAUAUAUAUAUAUAUAUAUAUAUAUAUAUAUAUAUAUAUAUAUAUAUAUAUAUAUAUAUAUAUAUAUAUAUAUAUAUAUAUAUAUAUAUAUAUUAUAUCAAAUAAACCAUCAGAGGUGAUGGAUGAUGUACUAUUUUCACUUUGGAAAUGUGUAGUCGAGAGUCUCUAUGUUGUAACAUUGCUCAAGUUGCUUGAGGGAAAAAAUGAGGUUCUCUACACAAAAUCACAAAAUUUCCUUGGGUAAUCUAAUGGUUGCAUUGAUAUCGCCAAGAAAUUUUCGGCAUUUAGAGUGGUUUUUUU